AUGGGGCAGCUCGAAGGUUUUGAGGGUGGUUCGGAGGGGCAGCAGUUCUCGCUCGUGAGUUGCGAGACUGGGACACUCGUGCGGGUCGUCCCAUCUCCUGUAUCGUUGCGAUCCCUACUUUCCCGCCAAACGAGUCGCUGCGGCCUGAUCAUGUCGCGAGUUGUCGCCCGCCACUCCAG